AUGAAAUCAAUUACAAUUGCUGCAGUUUUAAUUGCUUGUUUUAUGGUCGUCAAUUGUAAUUUUUUAAGUCGAAAAUGUAAAUGUAAAGCUGUUUCAAACACCGUUCAUUUUCCAUUUCACGAAUGGGAUCAAUCAUCGUGUAAAUUUUGCUCAUGUAGUGACCCCGCAAUGGUUAAUUGUCAAGCUGCCUGCAAACGUAUUGUUGAAGAUUAUAGUAAAUCGGGAUGUGGUAAAGUAAUAAAAGGAUCAAAAAUCAAACAUAAAUGGGACGCUGGCAACUGUGGUGAGGGAAUUUCAACCGAAGAAUAUACAUGUGCAUAA